GCAAGAUACAAGAUCAAUCAUAUUCCUCUACGUUAUAUUCACUCUCUCCAAUCGUUUUAAACUUUCCGGAAAUGCAGGAGGUGGUUGUAUUCAAGUUGGACGUUCUUGAUGACAAAAUCAAACAGAAAGCUAUAAAAGUUGUCUCCGAGUUUUCAGGGGUCACUUCGGUAGACGUCAAAGAAAAAGGUAAACUAAAGGUAACGGGUAGAUUUGAUAAGUUUGUAAUGACGAAGAAACUAAAGAAAAUAUAUCAAUAUGUUGACAUAAUCGGGGUUGGACCGGAUGGAAAACCGGAGCAAAAUCGCAUUCCGGUUAAGAAGCCUGUACCGAAAGUAAAUAAGCCUCUUCACCCAAAAAAGGUGACUAGGCCUACGACAACAAACCCUCGUCAGAAGACAAGUCAAGCCCAAAACUCGGAUGCUUCUUGUAUCAUCAUGUGAACCCGAGAUUUUGGGGAGCUUAUUAGAUCAUGGUUUUGAAUGAUUUGAAUUUAUUUUGAAUGAUUUGAUAUUUGGUUGG